UUCCAAGAUCCAAGUAUCGAUAUAUUCAGGGUGCUAGUAAGCUAAACCACGGACCAAACGGUCAAUCCACCCUACAGUACCCGAUUCUCCAACCGGUUCGAUCAAGUCAGUCAGUACCAAACACUUGCAAGACGCGCAUAAAUCAGCGCGCAAGCGAAAAAAAAAGUCACUGAAAAACGUAAGUAAAAAAAAAAAAUAGGUCAAAAAUAAGAGAAGGGAGCGGCGCGAGACGAGAGGCGGUCGCCCAGGGACGAUAGAAACGCCGUGCCAGAGACAGAGAGAUGGUAGCAGAGAUGGGAUAAAUAGACGAGAACAGAGAACAGCAUGCGUACGUAUAUAUCCGUGCGAUGGUCGCGUCCGCCAAGUACGCACCAGAAAGAUGAUACGCGAAAAAAAACGAGAGAGAUGGAUGUAUAUAUGUAUAUGCGGCUUGAUGGGUAGGCAGGGGAUGGCAGGAGAGAUCGCAUACAUACCAAGCCGACUGGGCGUCUUGUACAGAGGAUACGAUAACAACAACAGCAACAACAACGGCAGCGCGAGUCGAGUGGAGUCAAGAGAGGAUGCGGAUGAGUGGGUGAGUGGGCUGGGAUUGCAAAAAAUGUCGAGGCGGGCGUAUGAUAUGCAGAGGAGGCUCCUUCCGAAAAGAAUCUGAUUCCGUUUUGAGUAUCUUUUUUUUAGUGCCGACGAGGAGUCCCUCGCCGGCGGGUAGUCUUGCUUCGACUG